CUCCCGGGGGAGAAGAUGGAAGGCACCACAAAAGCGCGGAGGGGGUGUGGGAGGCGGGGGGGAGUAGAGAAUGCGGCAUCUAGGCCCCCCCGCCACAAGCCCAGCCCCCCGUCGCCCCCCCUCCACCUCCAACCGAAUGGUUUGCUCCGAGCGCCCUAUUUAAUCCCGGCGACUGCAGCAGCGCCGGCUCCCUCCCGGUACCCGCCUCGGCCCCGGGCUUGGAAGCCGCUCCGGGGGCGCCCUUUUGGACAGCGACGCGGUCUACCCAGUGCCCCCGGCCCCAGUCCCCGGAGAUUCAGGCUCGCCAGCGCCCAGCCGGGGAGGCGGCCAGGAAGCGCGAUGGGGGCCCCUUCCGCCUUGCCGCUGGUCCUGAUCCUCGCCUGCUUCUGGGCGCCCGGCGGGGCCAAUCUUUCCCAGGACGGCUACUGGCAGGAGCAGGAUUUGGAGCUGGGAACUCUGGCUCCACUGGACGAGGCCCUCAGCUCCACAGUCUGGAGCAGCCCUGACAUGCUGGCCAGUCAAGAUAGCCAGCCCUGGACAUCUGAUGAAACAGUGGUGGCUGGUGGCACCGUGGUGCUCAAGUGUCAAGUAAAAGAUCAUGAAGACUCAUCCCUUCAGUGGUCUAAUCCUGCCCAGCAGACUCUAUAUUUUGGGGAGAAGAGAGCCCUUCGAGAUAAUCGGAUUCAGCUGGUUAGCUCCACUCCCCACGAACUCAGUAUCAGCAUCAGCAAUGUGGCGCUGGCAGACGAGGGCGAGUACACAUGCUCCAUCUUCACUAUGCCUGUUCGAACCGCCAAGUCCCUUGUCACUGUGCUCGGAAUCCCACAGAAACCCAUAAUCACUGGUUAUAAGUCAUCCUUGCGGGAAAAGGAGACAGCCACUCUAAACUGUCAGUCUUCUGGGAGCAAACCCGCAGCUCAGCUCACCUGGAGGAAAGGUGACCAGGAGCUCCAUGGAGACCAAACACGAGUCCAGGAAGAUCCCAAUGGAAAAACCUUCACUGUGAGCAGCUCAGUGUCAUUCCAGGUUACCCGGGAGGAUGAUGGAGCAAGCAUCGUGUGCUCUGUGAACCAUGAAUCUCUAAAGGGAGCCGACAGAUCCACCUCUCAGCGCAUUGAAGUUUUAUACACUCCGACAGCCAUGAUUAGACCAGAGCCUGCACAUCCCCGGGAAGGCCAGAAGCUGUUGUUACAUUGUGAGGGUCGCGGCAAUCCAGUCCCCCAGCAGUACCUGUGGGUAAAGGAAGGCAGCGAGCCACCCCUGAAGAUGACCCAAGAGAGUGCUCUCAUCUUCCCCUUCCUGAACAAGAGUGACAGUGGCACCUAUGGCUGUACAGCCACCAGCAACAUGGGCAGCUACACAGCCUACUUUACCCUCAAUGUCAAUGACCCCAGUCCAGUGCCCUCAUCCUCCAGUACCUACCACGCCAUCAUAGGAGGGAUUGUGGCUUUCAUUGUCUUCUUGUUGCUCAUUCUGCUCAUCUUCCUGGGACACUAUUUGAUCCGGCACAAAGGAACCUACCUGACACAUGAGGCCAAGGGCUCCGACGACGCUCCAGAUGCGGAUACGGCCAUCAUCAACGCAGAAGGCGGGCAGUCAGGCGGGGAUGACAAGAAGGAAUAUUUCAUCUAGGAGCACCCACUCACCUCCUGCGCCCCUCGGGGGCCCCAUGGGGACUGCUGGGCUGUCACCAACCUGGACUUGUACAGAGCGACCCCAGGGCCGCCCCUCCCGCUUGCUCCCCAGCCCACCCAGCCCCCUGUACAGAAUGUCUGCUUUGGGUGCGGUUUUGUACUCGGUUUGGAAUGGGGGGGAGGAGGGC